AUUGCCGUGGGCCGCCCGCGUGUUCCCCCCCACGUUGCUGCUGGGUGAGUGUUGUUUUUGUUUUCGCCCGCCCACCUGCCUUGGCGGCCCCGGGCCUGUCAACAGUGGGCGGGGAAACCCCGUGGAAGAAGAGGAGGAGGUUGCCGCCGCCGCCAUCUUGGAUCAAGUGUGUGUGAGAGGAAGGGAAGAGGAAGAGGAGGAGUGGCGGCCGGAGGAAGAAAAAGGAGGAGGCCGCAGCAGAGGUGGAGCCGCCGCCGCCGCCAGACCGAGGGGAGACAGCCCGGAAGCAGAAGGGGAGGAGACAGCCCACCGCCGCCGGAGCCAAGCUGCCCAGUCACCAGCCCCCCGAGCCCAGUGCCACAAUGGCAACUGCACCUUACAACUAUUCCUACAUCUUUAAGUACAUCAUCAUCGGGGACAUGGGAGUAGGGAAGUCCUGCUUGCUCCACCAGUUUACGGAAAAGAAAUUCAUGGCAGAUUGUCCCCACACGAUUGGCGUCGAGUUUGGUACGAGGAUAAUCGAAGUUAGCGGUCAAAAAAUCAAGCUCCAGAUCUGGGAUACGGCCGGACAGGAGAGAUUCAGGGCCGUCACGCGGAGCUACUACAGAGGAGCAGCAGGCGCGCUCAUGGUCUAUGAUAUAACAAGAAGAAGCACGUAUAACCAUCUUAGCAGCUGGCUGACGGACGCAAGGAACCUCACCAAUCCAAAUACUGUGAUAAUCCUUAUAGGAAACAAAGCGGACCUGGAGGCGCAGAGGGAUGUGACGUAUGAAGAAGCCAAACAGUUUGCUGAAGAGAACGGGUUGCUGUUCCUUGAAGCGAGCGCAAAAACAGGAGAGAACGUGGAGGAUGCAUUCCUAGAGGCGGCCAAGAAGAUCUACCAGAACAUCCAGGAUGGGAGCCUGGAUCUGAACGCCGCCGAGUCGGGUGUACAGCACAAGCCUUCGGCUCCCCAGGGUGGCCGGCUAACCAGCGAACCCCAGCCCCAGAGAGAAGGCUGUGGCUGCUAGUGACCUCGGUGCUCUGGGCUCUGUUUCUGACCUCUCACCUCUGUUAGGAGCAGUGCUUUCGGCUGCUUCGGUCUCCUCUGUACAUCUUAACGGGUUUGAUUAAAACUCCUGAGGCAACAGUUUAACACAGUACUAAACUGCUAAAAAAUAAAAAUAAAAAAUAAAAAAAAAUAAAAAAGAGAAACUUAGAUGUAAUCAGGUUAUCAAAGGCAAGUAGAGUCAACCCUCUCCCUGCAUGGUAAAUCUAGAAGCCUUUUUUCUCUCCCCCCCCCAUGAUUGUCCUUGUGAAUAGAUGUCACCGAUCCAUGAUUUACAAAAAGAGAGCACUGAUGCUGGACCUCAUGAUUUUUACUCUUCAUUCGCAUUCUCAUUCUCUCUCUCUCUGCAGGGCCUUGUCUCUCUUGUGAGGUUUAACUUUGUUAGCUUGUGCCUCUUCCUCCCACCCUGCAACUGGUCUGAAUCUGUCCUUUUAGUAACAAAGAAGUUGACUUAUCUGUGAAAUGGCUUCCGAGGGUAGAGCAAGAAUCCCGCAUAACGUUCCUUGGGGCUAGGAGGAUUCCCUGUUACACAGUUUUGGGGCGGGCAGGGGGACGUUGUGGGUUGCAGGGGGGUGAAUGGCGUGCUGGACCUGGCCGGGCACCCAGCCGGGGGUGUCUUGUGCUCGAUAGCUUGUUGUUGCCUCUUUGCUGCUGCUGAUCCUUGCCAGAUCCACCCUUGUUAACCGACCAUAAAUAUGUAUCAGUUUCGAAGGCUCUGAGCUGGAAGCAAAUUCUGUGUAUACGAUUUUAACGAGGAAAGGCCUGAUUGCUGGCAUUAGGACUAGAAGAACGGACCGGUCUGUACAGUUUGGCCUUAUACAUGACCGUGUGUGUGUGUGUGUGUGUGUGUGUGUGUGUGUGUGUGUCUUCGUCUUCCUCCCUCCCUCCCACCACUUAGGAACUGCAGUUCACUGACCGUAGGCUCAAUUCUCACAUUUGGAGGUUGCCACUGGGUAGCGAUUCCUAAGGGGAUGCAAAAGAAAGGUCCACCUCUCUGCACUGCCCUGUCCGCUCUCUUGGUCUUGUAUAACUGAUGGUGUGCUAGUCUGCUUCCCCUUCCUCUCUAGUAAGAAUUGUGCAUUAAUCCAGCUUUGUUUCCUGCUGGGCUCCUUUGCACAUCUUGUACUCCCACAGAAGGUUUCUUCUCCUUUGGACGGUCACGAGUGGCCACCUUGCACUCUGUGGUGGGUUGUUUCUCCCCCCCCCCCUUUUUUUGGAACUACAUUGUGGCAUUUGACACUACAGUUUGGCAGGCUUAACUUCUGCUCCUUUUUAAGCUCUUCCUCCCUGCAAGGAUCUCCCCCACCCCCCACCCCGCCUGCCCCCAAAAGAGCUAAUUCACGGCACUGGGUGUAUAUGCAGAGCUCUCUUCUGUCUUGGCUUGGAGUCACGCAAUCAAUCUCGACACUGUACUGUACUCUCCACGGCAGCCUGGCCUCUUCUUUUUUUUUGAGUGGGGGGCAACGAAUGGUUAGGCGUGACUAGGGCAAGAGGAGCCUGUCUGAACCGUUGCAGCUCCGGCAAGGUAGAAAUCCCUGCAAGACACUAAGGUGAGGCCACAUUCCACUGUGUGUGAGCAACAGGUGAUAACCAGCAUCUUGUACAGUCAAUGUUAAAUAAAGAAAAAGCCAAAAACUGGAAUGUGCAAAGCAAUUGGUGUGUGGGAUGACUUGUGAACUGUCCCUUCGUGUGUGUGUGAGAGAGAGUGUCCUUUUUGUUUGGAUCUGGUUCGGGUCCUCCCCUGCCCCCCCCCCCAACCUAAGGUUCUUAAAGUAGAUGGAUAUAACUUUGCAGCGUGGCUCUUUUGCUGAAAAUGAAACUCACCAUAUUUGCAGGGGGGGGGGGAUUUGCCCAGGGACCAUGACCUGUUGAUAGAAUUAACUUUUGGGCAAAGGCAAUUGCUUCCUGCAGCUUGUUUGUGGUGCAAGUUCCCCCUUGCCCCCUUCCACUGGUCUUAUAUUCUCUCCCCCCCCCCAAUUAAAGUUACAGGAGGUCUUUGUUUCUACGACAGGACUGAUUUGGGCUGCUGUACUCCAUUUAAUGUAACAAUGCUAUUAUCUAAAUAUUUGUAAAUAAAGUACCUGUAUCUAGAUAAAA